UUUAUCUGGACUGUAAGGUCUGAAGGGUGUUUUAUACUGUAAUGAUCUGUUUUAGUCUUUAUUUUAGUUUAGUUUUGAUUUGAUAUGAAGUUUAAUGAAUGUAUAAAUGUGUGUGUUUGUUCUUCAGGGUGGAUCAUGGAGGGAAGAUCAGGAUCAAACCAGGACCACAGAAAUAUGCUGUUGAUCUCACUCUGGAUCCAAACACAGUGAACAGUCGUCUCUCUCUGUCUGAGAGGAACAGAAAGGUGAAGUGGGUGAGAGAUCAGUCAUAUCCAGAUCAUCCAGACAGAUUUGAUCAUUGUUCUCAGAUUCUGAGUGUGGAGAGUCUGACUGGACGCUGUUACUGGGAGGUUCAGUGGAGCGGAUGGGUUGAUAUAUCAGUAUCAUACAGAGGAAUCAGGAGGAAAGGAGACAGUAAUCACUGUGGGUUUGGACUCAAUAAACACUCCUGGAGUCUGAACUGCUCUAAUAACAGAUACUGUAUCAGACACAAUAAUCAGAGAACUGUCCUACCUGCCCCCCCCUCCCCCUCUAACAGAGUAGGAGUGUUUCUGGACUGGGGGUCCGGCACUCUGUCCUUCUACACCAUCUCACCUAACACACACACACUGACCCACCUACAUACAUUCACCACCACAUUCAUUGAACCACUCUACACUGGAUUUAGAGUUUACUAUCCCUCCUCAGUGAGUCUGUGUGAGAUAGAAUAACAUCUACAGAGAGAGAGAGAGACAGAGAGAGAGAGACAGACAGAGGGAAAGACAGAGAAACAGUGAGAGAGAGACACAGAGAGAUAUAGAGAGAUAUAG